GAAAAACAAAAAUACAAGAGAAGUUGUUAAAUAUAUAUGGGAAAUAUGAGCAAUAAAGCAAGUUUGUUUCCAGCCAUAAUCAUGACAAUAUUAUUGUCAUUGAGCCUAAGUGGAACGGUGGUAUGUAAUAUUGAUCCAUGCAGAGAAGUCCCAGCCACUGACAAUGAUAUUCUUGAAUUUCUUCUGAAUUUGUAUCACUUAGAAGCUGAGUUGUUCUUGCGUGCUGCUACUGGGAAUGGCACUGAUGACUAUGAUCCUUCUUUGGCUGCUGGAGGCCCUCCUCCUAUUGGCUCUCGAAGGGCCACCUUAGGUCCUCUAGUCCGCCGGGUCGUCGAGGAAUUUGGUUAUCAAAAACUUGGCCAACUAAGAGAAAUUAUCAGGGAAAUUGUGGGACGAGUUCCUCCAAGGCCAUUGUUGAAUCUAAGCACAGAAGUUGUUGCAGACUUCGCUGAUGCAGCAAUUGGCCGCCGACUCAUUCCUCGAUUUGACCCUUACGCCAACGACAACAACUUUAUCCUCACUGCUCAAAGCAUCACUUACACCUCAACGGUCAGCCUCGUCGGAGCAACGACGACAUUAAUCUCCCGUGGAGUUCGCUUGCUAGUAGCAAAACUUCUAGCCAUGGAGGCUGGACAAAAUACCUUUUUCCGAAGCUAUCUGUAUCAAAGGGCGAACCAGAUUGUGAUUCCCUACAAUAUAACCAUUGCAGAGUUCACUAAUCGAACAUCGGAGUUGACUAAUCGACUAGCGAAAUGUGGCCUGAAAGACGAAGGAAUCCUGGUUCCUCGAUCGCUCGGGGCGGAGAAUCGGACCGACAGCAACCUUCUUGCUGCCGAUUUUAACUCUCUGGCGUAUACACGAAUAACAAAGGAGGUUUUGCGCAUAUUCUAUGGAACCGGCAAUGAAAGUCGCCCUGGUUCGUAUUUUCCCAAUGGUGCUAAUGGAGAUAUUGCAAGACGCUACAUUCAAAGAAAUGGCUAAGAACUUCUAAUCCAUGAUUAUAUGAAUAAAAAGGAUUGAUAAGGUGAAUCAAUCCUCUAGUUAUAAUGUAUGGACAAAUUAUCUCCAAAUGUUUCUUUAUAAAAAGAAAAAACUGUAUGAAACAUGGAGUUUUACUGCCUUUUAAUGAGGAAAUAUGGUUAAGAUUUGAAUAAAAUUAAUAUUAUUAUAUA